CCAGCCACGAGGCGGCAGCAAAAGAAGUAUAAAACCUGAGGCCUGCUCCCCCAUCUCCCGCAUCAGCCACUAGCAAUGGAAACCACCAAGCCACGCAAUGCUUCCACCGCCGACGCCCCCUUCAACGAUCCCACCGAUAGCGUUGAUCUGGUGAUCCGCACAGCCGACAAUGUCGACUUUUUCGUCCUCAGCGUGCUGCUAUCGCUGCGAUCCCCAUCGUCGUUCUUCCGCCACGUUCUGCAACCCAACCAGCACACAGAGGAGAGAGACGGUCUUCCCGUCCUUGAAGUGAAGGAAGACAGUGAUACCUUCCGAACUAUCCUCUUAUUCUGUUACCCAUACGCCUCACCGGAGAUCAAGAGCGUAGAGCAGCUCGUGGCAGUAGGGAAGGUAUUGGACAAAUACUGUAUGGAUCAUACGUUGGAGCGGUUCAUUCAGACUGUAAUUGCAUCGUCUCUGAUAAAGGAGCAUGCGAUGGGGGUUUUUGCUCAUGCAGUCGGCAAUGGAUGGAAGGAACUGGCCGAGGCGGCAGCAAAGAACAUGCUCACUGCGCCUUUCGACUCCGAAGUCGAACUCGAGGAUCUGAGAUGUAUUGAUGCCCUCCAAUACGUCCGUCUCCGAAAUUACCAUAGGAGGUGCGGGAAAGCCGCUCAGGCCCUCACACCAGAGAACCACAUGCCAUGGCUGAAAGGGAAAACAUCUGACUUCCUCUUCUUAGGCUCCAAUGAUUGGUGUACAUUGUGUGGGGGGUAUACGACCCCAUGGACAAUAGGAGAUAAAACCCUUUAUGCGCAUGGAUGGUUAAAUAAUUAUCUUGUCACUGUGAUGGCGGAAGUGCUAGGACGACCUUCAUCAGAUAUUGCUCUUGAUGAAAAUAUCAUUGCCCAAGCGAUCGCGAACAGUAUCUCUCAGUGCGGCGCAAAUUGGGCUGAAGUCGCCGGUAACCAGAUCCAUCGAUUCGCGAGGUUAGUAGCGGAGGAGAUCGAUAGGCGGAUUUCGCAGGAGCCUCUGAACAUUGAUUGGGCAAAGUGAUGACGAAGCAGUGGUUGGUGAACAAAGGUUUUACAAUAUAUACACGAGAGGCCAAAACUAGGCAUAAUUAUUUGUGUUGUGUCGGACGACCGGUGUUAUACAAAUGAUGUAUAACACACCGAAAUAUCAUCCAAGGCGUGCAUGCGAAAUAUCCCUCAA